CGCGGGAUAUAGCGCGCCAUGCGGUUUUGAAUUGCUGCAAUAGUGAAUUCUGGGCGGGAGUCGUCGGCGUGGAUUCCCAAGUGCAACGCAUCUCUGCAUGGACGUCUUGUCGUAUCCGAUCAAGUGCGGCCUGAACAGUGCGUGUGUGAAGUACCUCCCGCGUGCCUCGUCCGCCGUUAGCACUGUCCGGCGGCGGCUGAGUUUUGUCAAUUUGCUGCAUCCGCCGGCUUCACCUUUUUCGGCAAGAUCCUGGAGAAGGAGCGGGAAGCAGGAAGAAUACUCCCGCCACCGAGGAUUUAUGAAUCCCGCCACUGCCGGCAGUUCCCUGACAAGCGAAUCGCGCUGUUCUACUGGGCGGAAAGGCCGGGGAGGGCGGGAAGGAGGACGGGAGGGAGAUGUUCGGUUUGCGGGGAAAGACGUGGCAGGCGAAGGGCUGCCCGCAGUAAUACUCCGGCAGUCGUUGUCCGUCCUUCCCGUGGCCUCGUGGCUUCUUUUGUCCACGUGUACUCAGAACCCAGGAGUGUCGCUGGUACAAGCGGAGUGUCGAGGUCGUCUACGGAGCAGCGGCCGAGGCCUCAGUGGUUGGGGGGUGGGGGGUGACCCGACGAGAGACACGGGCUCGGCUGCUGUGUAUCCGGGCGGCGAGUUUCAGUGCGCGAGAAAGGCGCCCGAGAGCACGGCGUGCACUUUGCGGCAUGAAUUGGUGGGAGGACUGGUCUCGGGUGUAGUGAGCGAAGAGGGUAGAGGAGGAGAAGGGGGGGUUCGUACUCGUUGGGGUCAGGAGCGCGGACAUCGAGUAGAGGCAGGAAGGGGAGGAGCAGUAGGAGGGGGAGGGGGAGGACGAGGAAGAGGAAGAGGUGGGGGAAACCCGUUGGAGCUCAUGAUGGCGUGGCGUAGCCAUGGGAAAGACAAUCAGGACUUAGUCGAUCACCUCCUGAAGAACAGGAUUCUGCACACGCCGCGUGUCGCAGAGGCCAUGAAGAAGAUAGAUCGGGGUCUCUUUGUCCCCGCGGACUGGAGUGCCUAUGAAGACAGCCCUCAGCCUAUUGGCUUCAACGCCACCAUAUCCGCGCCGCACAUGCACGCCCACUGUCUCGAGCUGCUUGAACCAUACCUUCAGCCCGGUAUGAGGGUACUCGACGUGGGGUCGGGAUCGGGAUACGUCACGGCAGUCUUCGCCAUGCUAGUGGGAGAAACCGGACGAGCUGUUGGAGUGGAGCACAUACCAGAACUGGUCGAGAGGAGCAUUGAGAACGUGAAGCGGAGUCCAGCAGCAGUGGCCAUGCUGGAGAGAGGCGUGCUCUCUUUGCAUGUUGGAGACGGACGGCAGGGAUGGCCGCAAGAAGCUGCGUAUAACGCCAUCCAUGUGGGGGCAGCGGCGCCUACGAUGCCGGAGGCACUGAUCAGGCAGCUAAAGCCCAACGGUCGGCUGGUGGUACCCGUGGGUACCCUCUUCCAGGACCUCAAGGUGAUUGACAAAUUGGCUGACGGCAGGGUGGUGGAACACAACGCUAUGGAGGUCCGCUAUGUGCCCCUCACCACCAGAGAACACCAGGUCCAGGGUGAUGUUUAGGGAAUGGCACAGAGGGUAGCGCCGCGGAGGUAGUCUUUAGGGAAUUCAAUGGUACACAUACCACACAAGGGAGCAGAGGUGAAUGGCAAGUUAACCCUGCGGCAGGGUGCAUGAACAUCAUAUACUGCUAUCAGUGCUAUGAGGGUGCAACACGUGGCGCUUGACGCACGCGCGGAAUCAGAUUGCCAGGGGUGUGGAUGUUUUUGCGAACAGUUACUUUCGUCUUCAGAUAGCAUGUGUUUUUGUGUGCGCGAGAUUUCUGAAUCUUCGCUUUCACAAGGGAAGGGACUCGAGAGGGCAACCAACGGAUUGAAGGAGUCCAUUCCAGAGUCCAGAGGAUCCGAGGAGGCAUUGCUAGUGUGUGCAUGAGGGGUAGGGACAGAGGGGGGGGAGGGGAGGGAGGAGAAGAGAGGAUGCUGAGGUGGGCGGGUAGGUGUGUGUGUGUGUGUGUGUGUUCGCUUGGCGAUGUGUUUUGUUCUGUUGGUUAGGAGAGAAGGGGGCUGAGGAGGUCCCUUGUGUGUGUUUUCGUGUGUGGGGUGUUCUGUAUUUCUGGCUGCAUUAGGAGAAGGGACUUGGGAGAAGUUGGUCUCAACAUAGGCUGGCUGUUCGACAGGGAGCAGCAGAUUGAGGAGAGGGCUCACGUGCCUGUGUUGUUAGGGGAAUAUAUGCCGCUGUGUGCGUGCACAAGGGCCAAUUAUUGUAGUUGGUCUUCAAUUCAAGCUGUGCUGGAGUUCGUGGGUUCUGUGGAGGAGUUGAGCAGGUCUUUUGUGUUGUUGUCAACUGAAUGCGCACAGGACACUGCGGCAUCGAUCAGUUGGCUGACUGACUGAGCGGUUGAGAACCGAGGUCGGAAUCGCUGGCUGAAGUUACGGAAGCUCUCUCUUUUUUUUUUUUUUUUUUUUUUUUUUUUUUGUUACUGAAGCAAUCUCUAAUCCGGGCGUGGUGGUGGGGAGAAAAAGAAAAAGUCAUUGGAGGAGAGCAGGGCAGUCAACCAUGGUGGCUGCGAGGCGAUUUUAGAAGGUGGAUAAUUUUCGAUCUCCUGUUCUUUUCUUCGGGGUGAACGAGGGGUACCCCAGUUGUUGCAUGGUGGGUUCUCCAUUUUGGUGAUCGCAGAGAACUUCAGGCCAAAAUGAGACCUACCGAAGGUGGGUCGGUUUAGAUUUCCUGGUCUUGUGAGGCGAGGUCCCGCUCGCAUCGAUUCUUCAUUUCUGGGCCGUCUGGCCGUGUAUUUUGUUGGCAAUCUACGUCCACAAAUGAAGAAUCCAUGAGAACGUUUGAAUGGUCCUGGUUAACGAGCGCCUCGGCCCAUCCGUGCAAGCUCAGCUGGGUGCAUCCCCGGACUCCAUGAAAGCUGUCCAGAGUACAGUGGUGCUGCCGCCUAAUGUGCAGCACGUGUGUGUACUUUCCAGGGGCACGCAAAUCGAUGUGCGCGCUUUGUGCAGAUGUGACCCCCAUACGGAACAAGCCUUUUGCAGGUCUUUGAUCACAAAUCGUUGUGGGAUCUCAGCGAUUCGUUGGGGUGGUUCCUGGAUAUGCUGAUGCAGUCACAUUAGUGGUAGGGGUAGAGGACAUCCGGGUCGCUUUCCUUCUCCCGUUUUCCAUUCUUGAAGCAUGUCCUUGCUUUUUUUUUUUGUUGGUUUGAGGUCUGGUGGGUGUUGGCGACUUUAGGUCUGUGAGUUGGCGAUGUUUUCGAAUUCCAAUUGUAUAUAGUAGUUCUGCAACCGUGAAAGGAGACUACCAGGUCAUGGUAUGGGUAGUUAGGUUCUUCGAAGUGUGCAGUCUGUAGGGAACACUAGGUUGGUGAGAUGAUGUCUUCAACUGUAAAUAGUGUUGUUGUCCUUUCGUUUUCCUUUUGCGGUCUGUAGAUAGGUGUGUUCACGUUUUCCACCUUACGUUGUUGUGAAAGAUGGAGAAGGGAGAAAGAUGGAGAAGGGAGGGAGUAACCCGUCAUUGGUGCUGGUAAUCAGGUGCUCUUUUGCUUCUAGGUGUACAGUCUGUAGACAGGAGAGGUUUGCAGCAACUGUAUAUAUAUAUAUAUAUAUAUGACGAUAUAUAUAUAUAUGAAACAGUUUGUCACAGCCCCUCGUUUGUUGUCCUCUUCUCCCUCUCUGCCUACGGUUUACCGGGCAGUUCUAUUUGACGAUAUAUAUAUAUAUAUAUAUAUAGCUGUGCAAGUUAGUGAAACUGAUAAGGGACCGACAGCUCAUGCUGCAGGUAAUCAGGUCCAUUUGCGAUGGACCGUAUUCCUGUCCCGUGUCUAGAUGUGCAAUUUGUAAAUGGAUAAGAUUUUACAGUGUAGAGUUGCAAAAUCUGAAACGGACCAACAGGUUGCCGUACAGAUAGAUGGUCAGCUAUUAUUUUUUGGCGUUUGCCUUGGAGUUUGAUUGGAAAUGGAUGCCCACAUGCACGC